CGCUCGUAUUUGGAAUUCGCGGUCACCUCGUCCGUGCGAGCGUCAAAAAAUUGCAUUUUAUACAUCUCGAAAGAUUUAGCGGUGUUUGCAUUUGCGAUUCGUGCACUAAACUGUGACUGGACGAUAUACGGAAUCUGGAACAGGCACGAGCAGAAAAAUAUGCUGUCGGCAGCUACUUGACAGCUCAUCGUCAAGCGCCUGGCAAUAAUAAACAAAGUUGCCGUCGAUCGAUUAAUUUUAGGACUCGUCUUUUGGUUGCUUUAUGGAUAUCGUUGUUAUUCGGUGAGUUGCCUUCGCGCGACCUACGCUUCGGCGACGAUUGCGCAGCUUAAAAAUACUUUGUUAUUGCGCGCGAACAUAACCUCGUGAUAUAGAGCUCAAUAUUGUUUGUUGGUAAAUACGACAGCCGGCUAAAAAAAUGACACGUAAACAAUCGUCGAAGAAAAAAUACGAGCCUCAUUUUUAAACUAGGUUCGUCGAUUUGACACGAUGCUGCGAAAGAGAAAUAUCAGUAUUAAAACCGUCAAGGAGUUGGAUGCAUUUCCCAAGAUUCCAGAUGAUUACAGAAAGCAUUCCGCCGUCGGUGGAACUUUUUCCAUUGUCAGUGUGAUCAUCAUUUUGUAUAUAAUCUAUUCUGAAACAUCAUACUUUCUUGAUACAAGAUUGAAGUUCAAAUUUGUACCAGAUAUUGAUGUUAAUGAUGAGAUAGAAAUGAAUGUAGAUAUCACUGUAGCUAUGCCAUGUGCUUCUAUUGGUGCUGAUGUUGUUGACUCUACAAAUAAAAAUUUAAACACAAUUGGUCAAUUGCAUGAAGAAAGUACCUGGUGGGACUUGGAGCCAGAUCAAAGAGCUCAUUUUGAAGCGCUGAAACAUGUAAAUUCAUAUUUUCGUGAAGAGUAUCAUGCUAUUCAUGAAAUUUUAUGGAAAUCUAAUCAGUUGACAUAUGCAUCUGGUGAAGUGCCAAAGAGGAUUCAUACCCCUAGUUAUCCGUCUAAUGCAUGUCGUAUAUAUGGAAGCUUGAUUGUUAAUAAGGUUGCUGGAAAUUUCCAUAUAACUUCUGGAAAGGCAUUACAUCUUCCAAGAGGGCAUAUUCAUAUAUCUGCAUUUAUGUCUGAGCGCAAUUAUAAUUUUUCUCAUAGGAUAAAUAAAUUUUCAUUUGGAAAACCUAGUCCUGGAAUCAUUCACCCCUUAGAGGGUGAUGAAAAAGUUACAUCAGACAGUACAAUGCUAUAUCAAUAUUUUAUUGAAGUUGUAUCAACUCAUAUAAACACAUUUAUGCGUAAAACACAAACCUAUCAAUACAGUGUAAAAGAUUUUGAAAGACCAAUUGAUCAUGACAAAGGUUCACAUGGAAUUCCUGGAAUAUUUUUCAAGUAUGAUAUUUCAGCAUUAAAAGUAAAUGUAUCUCAAGAAGGUGAUUCUUUUAUAGAAUUCAUUGUAAAGUUAUUGUCUUCCAUUGGAUGCAUUUAUGUAACAAAUGGCCUAUUGAAUAAUCUUGUGCAAGGUGCUUGGUCUUUAAUUUGUUGCAAAUUUUUGAAAAAUGGCGAAGAAAAAAGUGAUGAAAAAGUGAUUGUAAAUACAAACACUAGUAACGCGCCCAACAAAGUCAAUAACUUGUUGACUGUAGAUCCACCUCAAAAUAUUCAACAAAUAAACAUUGUUCCUGAAUCUUAGUAAAAUUUAUGAAUACUAUUUUAUAUUUAUCAGUACAGAUAUAAUAUUUAAAGGCAUAAUAUUAUUAUUAAA